AUGUCAGCCUCAACCCCAACCCCACUUCCAUUCCCCCUCCCCACAAACCUCCCACCUCUCGAAACCCUCUACUUCCCCUCUCCGAACCCUAAUCCUGCCCAACCUUACAUUCUGUUUGUCCCUGGAAACCCCGGAUUGAUACAGUACUAUGUAGCUUACCUUUCGACUCUCAGUGCGCUCGCAAAGCUACCCAUCCUCGCUGUCUCGCAUAGUGGCUUCUGCCCGCGGCAGACAUGCGCAAGGCCGACGUCCCCGGGGUAUUGGGGGCUGGGUGAUCAGGUUAGACAUAAGAUUGAGGUCAUCCGAUGGUUGGCGGAGGAGAAGGGAUGGGAUAAGGUUUUGCUGAUGGGUCACUCUGUGGGUGGAUACGUGUUUAUGGAGAUGAUUCGGCAAUUGAAACAAGAGGGUGAGAAGGUUGAGGUUGUUGGGGGGGUGGGGUUGUUUCCUACCAUAGUCGAUAUUGGGAAGAGUCCUAGUGGACGGCUACUAACUGUAAGUGAUAUCGCGCUGCUUCCAUUACUAUUUUUAUAUUCUAUCCUAUCCUACAUCCCACCCCUCCCCUCCAUCGCUGCAACAACUGCUCGAGCUCUCGCCCUCCUCCCAGUCCCAGUUCUUAACACCAUCCUGAAAGCAGUGACCCUCCAACCACCUUCUGCUGCUAGCAUCACAGGCACAUUCCUCACUACCCCUGGGAUGGUUUUCCAGGCCCUAGAGCUAGCACGAGAAGAAAUGGAAACCAUCACCGAGGACGCAUGGGGUGAGGAGAUAUGGAGAUGCAAUGAUACAUCUCUCGUGUUUUAUUUUGGAAGAAACGAUCACUGGGUUGCCGAAGAGACGCGAGAGAAACUGCUUGAAGCCAGAGGUACCGGUGUGAAGAUGGUUGUUUGCGAGGACGGGCUGCCCCACGGGUUCUGCAUUUCGCAUGGGGAAAUUAUGGCGGAGAAAGCUGCUGUUUGGGUGAAUGAGAUGACUACGAAGGAGACCUAGGGGGUUCCCUUGGAACGGGGUCGCAUCCAGCAGGGCUAUAGCAUAAUACGGAUAUCUUGCGUUGUAUGUCGUAUUGCGAGUGAGAUUAUAUGAUUUCGGGAGAUACCUUAGAGAGUGAUGAUAAGAUAGACUUUUCUUUGGACGGAAGCCAUAUGUUAGCUAUAGGUAGUUGAAAUACGAUGGCACAUCACCAAAUGAUGCCAUACC